UCAGGUGGUAGUAAGUUGUAACUUACACUAGUUUUAAUAAGGUUUUUGGUUCAUUCGGGUGCAAAAUUUUUAAUAAAUUUAUGAAAAUGGGCGAUGCAGUUAAAAUAUCGAAAGAAAUGUGGCACCGCAGCUGCUGUAGUGUUGUCGACGGUUUGAGCUCCGAGUGGAAGCUCGACGUGCGAGCUUCCAUAGCGAAGGUGGUUGAAUUCCCCGUCGCUGAGUCCGCGUCCUGCCUGCAGCAGAAGACCAGUGUCCUCAAGAUUUGGAAAAAUAAAAAAGCGACGUUGAAGCGACGCAGGUCACAAGUGGGGACUUCAGUUGUGAGCAUUCCUGUGUCUGCAAAUACAUCCAAACCCAAAAGAAAAUCUACAGCGCGCGGCGGGAAACGGAGCGCUGUAAAAGUUGGUGGAGAAGGCACUACCGACCGAGCCGACGAGAAUCAGGAACCUGUGGUGGAGGCGCGUGGGUCGGAGCUGCAUCACGCGUUGGGUGAUGAGGCCGGUAAGCGCAAGAUGGAGGUGGUAGACGAAAGAAGUCUAGACGCGCCUCGAGCAGCGGUGGCAGACGGCGGUAAACCCUCGCAGGUGCCAGGCUCCACCCAAACGGCACGUCACUCCAAGGUGGGAAGCGACUCGCCGCGCGUCGCACCGCAGCGCCAAAACCUGCCGUUCGUCUGCGGCAACACAACUACAUCUCACAAUAUCGCUGCCAACGUGCAGAAGAUGCUAUCCAGUCUGAAGAACCAGCAUGUGCCGAGGGGGAUACCACCAAAUUUUGCGAACCACAUUGGUCUGAAGAAGUUCCUGGACUCCAUCUUCCCUAACCCGCCCGUGCCACUUUGCUUCGUGACGGAGUCUGCGGGGGCGGGGGUUGCGGGGCGCUCUUUCUACAGGGAUCUCUCGCUGCUGUGUGCCGGCGACGGCCCCCUCCCGCUACAGUUGCGCUCGCGACGAACUCAAGCAACCCUUUCUGGCAAAGCUCGAGAAGGCGCGCCCUUCGAGCGAGUGAAUGUACGCUGACAGUUCGUGCUCGCCCUCGCAGAUGGAUCAUCAUAUAAUGCAACAGACUUAACUAGAAACUACUAUUCUCAAAUCGCAGAAUUCUGUCUGUAGCGGUCAUUGACUCCCUGUCUAAAAACUUGUCAUAUUUCGUCGUUUUCUAUACAAACCACGAUUGACAAUGAAGUGAAAGAUGUUUCUAG